AUGGCUGAGUUUGAUGAAGGACUUUGUGCUUGCCUUUCUGAUCUCCCCAGCUGCCUAUUUGUUUGCUUUAUUCCUGGAGGAUUUUGCUGCCUCCAAGCCAAAGCUGUUGACAAAGCUACAGGAGAAGGAUUAUUAGUCCCUUAUAUUUUUCCUUGUCUCACAUUUUGUAUAGGAGCUGCCUUCAACAGAGGAAAAAUCAGAAAUAAAUACCGAAUUGAAGGAAAUUUCGUGACAGAUUGCUUGAUAGAAUGGCUUUGCAGUUUAUGUGCUGUUACUCAAGAAUAUAGAGAAGUUAACCGAAGAGAGGGAAAAUCUUAA